CGGGCACCAGAUACCGUGUGAUGGUGCGGGCGGGGGACGGGCGUCCCAGCCCCACGAGGGACGUAACCACGGUGACUAAAGAUCACUGCCGCCCGCCUGACCCCCCCUCGCGUCCCGAGGCCGUGGCCAUGUCUGACGUGGAGGUGGCGUUGGCCUGGCGACCAGGAGCCAGCCCAGGGAGCUCGCCAUUACUGUACUACACAGUGAAUUACACUCGCUCUGACCAGGAUGGGGAGUGGACGGAGAUGGGGGAGCAGAUCCAGGCUGAGUCGAUGGUGUUGAAGGGACUUCAGCCGGACACCAGCUACCGCUUUGUGGUCCUCGGCGUCAACGCACACGGUUCGAGCCCCCCCAGUGAGGCCAGCAUCCCAACCAGGACCCUGGCUGUGCGGAGGGUGUCGGUGAGCGGAACAUUCCGGUACGAUGUUGCCCGCGGUUACAGGGUCUCAGGUGCUGACGGGAUAGGCAGUGGACAUUAUGGACAGCGUUACACGGUGAACAGUAAGAUCGGGGACGAGGAUAGCUUUGACAUUGAUGAUUCGGAUUACGACAUCUACAUUGAGCAGCUUCAGUCACUUCCUGCCCUGAAGGGUGGAAAGAAGUUCCGAGUCCAGACUCCGAUGACCUCUAACCCCACGGAGAGUGUGACACAGAGCAAGACCACCACAACAGCACCCACGAAACCCCCCACCACACUGCCUCCCCCCACGACCGGCCCCAUCCAGACGGACGCCCCCAGGUCCCGGGGCGAGGCAGGGCAGGUGCUGGACACUCAGUGUGAGGAGGCCACUUGCCCUGUUGACAGCUUCUGUAUGAACGAGUACGAGACUGGAGGCUGCCGGUGCCACUGUAACCUGGGCAAGGGCGGCGAGACCUGCAGCGAUGAUGUCCCUGUACAAUAUCCCCGGUUCUAUGGCUAUUCCUACCUGACAUUUGAGCCGCUGAAAAACUCUUACCUUAAAUUUCAAAUCACCAUCGAGUUCAAGACGGAGUUGGAGGAUGGGUUGCUGUUAUAUUGCGGGGAGAACGAGCUGGGCCGCGGCGACUUUCUCUCUCUGGCCGUCAUCAGGCGCCGAGUCCACUUCAGGUAUAACUGCGGCACGGGGCCCGCUAUGCUGGUCAGUGAGAGUAAGAUCCAGUUGGGACGUUGGCACACGGUGACGUUUGGGCGCGAGGGGGUAAAUGGUUGGUUACGUCUGGACAACGACCCGCCCGUCACCGGCAAGUCCAAGGGACACUACACUAAGAUCACCUUGCGCUCCCCCCUGUACCUGGGGGGGGCUCCCAGCGUUUACUGGCUGGUGCGGGCGAUUGGUACCAACCGUGGGCUUCAGGGCUGUGCUCAGGCCCUGGUGAUUAACGGGCAUCGGGUGGACAUGAGGCCCUGGCCUGUGGGCAGAGGCCUGAGCGGGGCUGACGUGGGUGAAUGCAGCACUGGGUUGUGUCAUCAGGUUUCCUGUUCGAACGGUGGAGUGUGUGUUGCUAACCGUGCAGACUCCUACCUGUGCCUGUGUCCCCUGGGAUUCCGCGGCAAACACUGCGAGGAAGGUUUCCGGUUGGUGUUGCCGGAGUUUAACGGCACUCUGCUGUCCUUCGCGGCCCUGCACUGGCCAAUGGACGCCCGUCACUACCUGUCCUUCACCGAGUUCCUGAUCGCCCUCCGGCCGGCCCGGGCUGACGGCCUGAUCCUCUACAGCUACGACACCCAGAGCAAGGACUUCCUCUCCCUCCGCCUUCUCCGGGGCUUCCUGGAAUUCCGCUUCGACUGUGGCUCCGGCACAGCCGUCAUCAGGAGUGAGGAGCGGAUCUCUCUGAACCAGUGGCACGAGGUGAGGGUCUCUCGCACGGCGAGGAACGGUAUCCUGCAGGUGGACGAGCAGCGGCCAGUGGAGGGGCUGGCGGAGAUAGAGCUGAAUGACCGGCCAUCGCGGCUGCAGCAGGAUUUUGUGUUGGGCGUGAAUGUUGUCAACGCUCCUCACGCCUGUGUCUCUAAUCCCUGUCACAACGGCGGCUCCUGUCGCCCAAUGUGCGACACCUUCCAGUGUGACUGUCCUCUCGGCUUCGAUGGCGAUCGCUGCCAGAAAGCGAUCACAGAAACCAUUGAAAUCCCACAGUUCAUCGGACGCAGUUACCUGACCUACGAUCAGCCAGAGGUCAUUAAACGGGUCUCCGGCUCUCGGUCCAACAUCUUCAUGCGGUUCCGGACGGUUGCUAAGGACGGCCUAUUGCUAUGGCGGGGAGACCAUUCCAUGAGGGUCAACAGUGACUUCAUCUCCCUGGGCCUCCAGGACGGAGCCUUGGUCUUCAGCUAUAACCUGGGCAGUGGGGCUAUGGCCGUGAUGGUGAACGGUUCCUUCCAUGACGGCCGAUGGCAUCGUGUGAAGGCUGUUCGGGACGGACAGUCGGGAAAGCUGACGGUCGAUGAUUACGGAGCGAAGACGGGGCGGUCACCGGGGCUGAUGCGUCAGCUGAACAUUAACGGGGCCGUUUAUGUGGGAGGGAUGAAGGAGAUUGCCCUUCACACCCAGAGGCGGUACAUGAGGGGCCUGGUCGGCUGUAUCUCCCACCUCACGCUGUCCACUGAUCACCACGUCUCCCUGGUGGAGGACGCCACGGACGGCAAGAACAUCAACACGUGUGGAGCCAAGUAGUGAGGAGCACCCCCUCU